UAAUAACAAGUCUUCCAUUGACUUCUCUUACAAAGUCUUCUUCAAUUCCUGGCACCACAGACUACUCUCUGCUUGCUUUAAUGCUGUAAAAGUAAUUGGUGGGCUUGGACUGGAACCUCAUCAGUACACAGAGUAAACAUGGCUAAGUUGGAAAUAGAAGAGGAGCCAAUGCUAUCAUCAAAUGCACAAUCAUCCCAUGAACUCAAGUAUUCUAGUUUCCGGAGGAUCCUAUCAAGGAGACGAAGCGCAUCCAUGUACAUUCCCAUGGUGUCUAUGGACCCAUAUUACAACAGAGAACCAAGUCUUGGAGAGCAUAGUCGUCGUCAACUUAACAGCGUCAGAACCUUCCCGCCCAAGAUUGAUGAACUAUAUGCCACCCUUGGAACCCAAAAUAUUUUCAAACAAAGUGGAGUUACUGUGACUGAAAACAGUGAAAACAACUGGGACGACAACUAUGAUUGGGAACAUACACCACCCGCAGGGAUUGAUUUGUAAUAAUUAUUUUUGUAUUAGGGUCGGUACUCAUGAUAAUGCUCACCAAGGAAUUCCAAGAACUCCGACUAGAUUUGAUCAAGAGUACCACGAUGACAUUCAUGGCGAUGAAGAGGAUUUUGUCAAAAAAGUGUUAUCAUUCAUCUCUUCAUGUAUUCCUAAAGUUAUAAGCCCACACUCAAAACGGGUCAAGCAAUGGAACAAGAUUAUAGCUAUCUUUUGUUUGGUGGCAAUAUUUCUCGAUCCAUUAUUUUUCUUCAUACUGUAUGUACAAAAGGAUUUCAACUGCAUUGUUAUCAACUGGACAAGGACAAUACCACUUGUUGUACUUAGAAGCUUGAAUGCCUUAGUGUAUUUCUUGAACAUACUUUUACAGUUUAGGUUGGCUUAUCUUUCUGCUAGUACUGGAUCAAGGGUGAUUGAUAUAGUUGACCAUCCAAAAGAGAUUGCUAUGCAUUAUUUGCAUAGCUAUUUUCUUCUUGAUUUAUUUGUAGUGAUUCCUUUGUCUCAGAUAAUAAUAUUGUUUGUGCUACCAAAAUACUUGGAUUCAUCAGGAGCAAAUCAUUCAAAGAAUCUUAUAUCUGUAGUAAUUCUUGUGCAAUACAUCCCCAGAUUAUUCAGGUUCUUGCCAUUGCUAAUUGGCCAAUCUCCAGCAGGAAUCAUAUUUGAGUCAGCCUGGGCAAGUUGCACUCUCAAUCUUCUCAUUUUUAUGCUCUCUGGCCAUAUUAUUGGCUCUUGUUGGUAUCUCUUUGGACUUCAGAGAGUUAAUCAAUGUUUGCUAGACGCUUGCCAUAAUGCUAACAUCAUUGGUUGCAUGAAAUAUGUGGAUUGUGGAAAAGGACAUUCCUCUCACCAGACACAAGAUUUGUGGACAAACAACGUAAAUGCCACAUCUUGUUUGAAUUCUUUGUCUGGUGCUUUUUAUUAUGGGAUCUAUGCCAAUGUUGUUCGACUUACUACAGGAAGCAACUUGAUCAAAAAAUAUUUGUAUGCACUUUUUUGGGGCUUCCAGCAAAUCAGUACUCUUGCUGGUAAUCUAACCCCAAGUGAUUUUGAGUUGGAAGUCCUUUUCACAAUGAUAAUCAUAGGAUUGGGGCUCUUGCUUUUUGCGCUUCUCAUUGGAAACAUACAAAACUUUCUUCAGAGUCUCGGACAAAGAACACUAGAAAUGCAACUUAGAAGCCGUGAAGUUGAGCAAUGGAUGAACCAGUUUCACUUAUCAGAAGAUCUAAGAAAGAGGAUCAGACAUGCCGAAAGGUAUAAUUGGAUGGCAACAAUAGGGAUGAAUGCACAAAUGUUUAUGGAGAAUAUGCCAGAAGAUCUGCAGAGAGACAUAAGACGUCAUCUCUUCGAAUUUAUUAAGAAAAUUCGAAUUUUCAGUUUAAUGGAUGAGCCUAUUUUAGAUGCCAUUUGUGAGAGGCUUAGGCAAAAAGUAUACUUCAAAAGAAGUACUAUUUUGCAUCCUGGUGAUUUGGUAGAGAAAAUGUUCUUUGUUUUGCGUGGGGAAUUGAAGAGCAUUGGCGAAGAUGGAACUAGAGUUUUUUUAACCGAAAGGGAUGCUUGUGGUGAAGAACUUUUAGUAUGGUGUCUUGAAAAUUCUUCGGUUAGCACAGAUGGUAAAAAGGCAUGGCUUCCUGGACCAAGGUUACUUAGCAGAAGGACAGUAACGUGUUUAACGAAUGUGGAGGUAUAUUCAAUUGGAGCUGCUGACCUAGAAGCAAUUACAAUCCGUUUCACAAGAUUCUUGCGAAAUCCACUUGUUCAAAGAGCAUUGAGGUUUGAAUCACCUUAUUUGAGAUCCGUUGCAGCAACACGGAUUCAAGUUGCAUGGAGAAGAUACUGGAAAAGACAACUAAUACGUGCUCUCUCACAAGAAAAUUACUAUUAG